AUGAAUCCAUCCAAUAGGAAAUGGGCAAGAGAUCCUGUCAUCCCAAAAAAUGGCAUCGAUGUGCAACCAAUCGGAGAUGAGCUGCGCCAGGACGUCCGCAGUCCUUAUUAUGAAGCGAAGACGACAUUUCGUCUGAUCACGGGGCCAUCACAGGAAACGAGCGGCGUACUCCCUGAUCGCGCAUGCAAGCGACGAGCUGCCUCGCCGCCUAGUGAAGCCUUCAUGCCACGACUUCGUGCGCCGCGUGAGAAAGUGUCGGCCGGAGCACACGUUCCGUCGUGCGCCCGCGACGCAGCAUCCGACGGCGACGGCGGCGGUCAACCCACCUGCACUACCGUCGUCUUGCCGUCGCUGCGCUGCGGAAAAUGGGUCAACACUCGCAUAAUGCGCAGAGCAGCGGCGAGCUGCGCCUUGAGCCACUACUGGCCGUGGCCUGGCCUCCCCGUGGCCUUGCGCGCCGCUGCGGGCGCCGCCGUCGCCGCCGUCGCCGUCGCCGACAAUCCUCCCACUGCCCCUCUCAUCUGCAUAGUGUGGCUUAGGGCGUUGCUGCCCGGCAUACGUGGCACGUUGGGCACUGUACUUUCCAGAGGUUCUAAUCAACCUUUAGUCUCCCUCUUUGUACCUUUUUCUCAAACAAGAGUGAUGCAUGUCCAUCCUAUUACAACGACCUGAACAAGUUGUAAAUAGUUGAGUGUACAUAGUGUUUGUAAAGAUGAGCUCAGCAAGCCGCUCCACCUCACGUGGUGGAAAAGGUGCAAAACAGGAUGCUUCUGUAGCAAAUAAACAACAGAAAACAGACACUAAGACAGAUUCUCCUAAAACAUUAGACCAUAAUCCAAAAAUUCAGCCAACAGCAGAACAGAUGCGAAUUGCACAAAUUAUUGACACAAGGACAGAAGACCCGGACUUAAGAGAUAAGAUCAAACAGGUAAUGGAUGCAACAAGGAAGACAGAAGAUGAAGUUUGUACUGCACUCCAUGACUGUGAUAACGAUCCUGACAGGGCAGUUAAUUUACUCUUGGAAGGUGCUGGAACGGGAGAAUGGGAAACGUCAGGGAAAAAGAAGAAAAAUCGGCAAACCAACACACCAAAAUCGGAAACUGUACAAAACAACAGAGACACGGAACAAGAAGACUGGGAUGCUGGCCAAGGGUUCAAUACUGAUCGUGAGCGAUCCCGCAAUCGAGGUGGUGGCCCUCCUCGUAUGCGUGGUCGCGGAUCUUUGGACAAUAGGGGGUGGCGUGGCCGAGAAAACAAGGAGAAUGAAAAGAAUUUGGAGGAUGGGCGUGAUGGUUACAGACGCGGAGGUGGCCGCAUGAUGAAUGGACCAAGGUCUGGUAGAGGUGGCCGUGGAGGAAGGCUGGGACCUCGCACAUUCCAGAAUAGGGAUAAAGGUGGUUUUCCACGUUCAAUUGAAACUUGGAACAAUCCUAGUGUUGAGGAAAAUUCAGGUGGAGAUGGACUGAAGAUGGAAGACUGGGAUAAUGAGGAAUACACUGGCUCCCUGGCUGAUACCAAAGUAUUUACACCAAGUGUAGGAGCGGCUGUGGAACCGACUGUAACUGCAGAACCACAACAAGAACCUACUGCCACAUCGACUGUUUCUGAACUUACAUCUUCGUUAGCAGCUCAAACUCUCUCAAGCAGUGUAGCAUCUAGUUCGAGCCAAAUGUCUUCACAAAAUCUCGAACUACAUCAGCAAACCAGUCAAUUAUCACAGAGUCCGGUUCCUGUUGGGGUGAACACGCUCAGUGCAGCCCCGUCCGAGUACCUGAGCCAAUUCUCACAAAACACUGAUAGUUUGAAGUCAGCUGUGGGUAUUGGCACCUCCACUCCUGCAUCUGCAACAUCUUAUGGCACAACCAGCAACAGUUUCCCAGUAACCUCUUCAACAGCUUAUCAGCCUCCUAGCCCUCCCUCUGGCUUCACUUCUACAGCAGCAUCCUUUUCGUCCUCCAAUUAUGUGGGCACUACUCCUAAUUAUACCAGUCAAAUUCAAGAACAAAAUUUAGAUUCAACUACUUCUACAACUCAGUGUCCUCCACAGUCAAUGCCUCAAAGAACAAAAACAGCAAGACCAAGGGUACCUCCACCUUCGAAGAUUCCAUCAACAGCUGUAGAAAUGCCUGGAGAUGCCAUAAACAGUAUAGGGUAUUUAGAUGUUCAGUUUGGUGGACUGGAAUUUGGGAGUGAAAGUUCAUUUGAUGCCACUACAGAACCAUCUAAAUAUCCUAACAGUACAUCCGGUACUGUACUUGACUCGCUUCCUUCACCUAGGGCAUCGUCAAAUUUAGAUCUCAGUGGAAAUAAUCAAACAUCUCCUUUAGAUGCAUAUACAUCUGCAUCAAACCAAAAGCCCACUCAACAAAGUAUAGGUUCCACUCUUGGUCAAGGACAGAAGCUUUCAUCUGGAGAGUCGAUAUUGCCCACAACUGAACAUAAAACAACACAGCCAAGUUUUCCACAAUCUCGAGGAACUGGUUCAUCGGCUUUGGAUAUGGACAAAAGUGAUGUGGGAUUAUCGUACUCUACACCAAGUACAGCAACGUAUCCUGCCUCGUAUCCAAGCCAAAAGUCUGGUACUUCAUCCUAUCCUACUGCUUCUAGUUACACUACUUCAAAUUAUUCUUCCACUCAGGUUACUACAUCAGCACCAACAUACCAAACUAACCAGUCACAAAUGAGCUUUACUUCAAGCGGAACAGGUGCAAGUUAUAGCAGUCAAACUGCUGCUCCAAGUUCUUAUCCUAAUAGUUCUUACUCCCAGGCAUCAGCUGCUGGUGUCACAUACCAAACCGGUCCUACAUCGUAUCCUUCCAUUACGCAGUCUACCAAUUCCUUUCCUAGUGCUAGCCCUGCUUAUCAAACCACUGGUCAAUCUGUAUAUGGUGCCUCAACUCUUGGCAGUAGUACAGCUUAUGCGGUCUCAGCUGCUACAGCACAGUAUCAGAACAACUAUGGAGCCAAUGUUGCUACAACUGCACAGAAUCACACAAAGUUGAGCUCAGCUUUGAGCACAGGAACCAAAGAACCACAGUAUGAUACUACAACAACUGUUAGUUCCAAUUUAACAAGCACAAAUGCGACUACAACAAAUAGUGGCCUGUCUACUGUAAAUGCAACACCUUCAUUAGGACUGGCAGCAGCAAGCAGUAGUCAGACUGUGAAUACAACAUCAACCAAAGUCACGAGCUCAACUGGAAAGAGUGGUGUGAUUCCCAAUAUUCCUCCUGGUGUUCCUCCAAUGUUGGGAACACAGUAUAUAAUGAGUCAGGGUGGUUUGCCGUAUUUCCAACAGCCAAUGUACAGUUAUGAAGAUCUCCAACUACUUCAGCAGAGGAUUCCUCAUAUGGCAACAGGGUAUUACGACAUGGGAUUUCAAGCUCCUACUAGCUUAGCUACUGGGAGAGAAGGUGGCUUGGCUAGUGUUGCGUACUCCAUGUCUGAUGGGCGGUAUACACGUGCUGACAACAAUGCAUCCCCUGUGCCAUCAACAUUAUCUCAACAGAAUGCCACACAAGCCCAUCAACAGCCAAUGUUGAAUCCAACUGCUCUGCCACCUGGUUAUGCGUACUUUUAUGGGGGAGGAAUGAUGCCUGGUGGGUUCCAAUAUGGGACUCCUGCAAUUUAUCCUAUGCCUCCAGCAACUAACACUCAUGGCAGUACAACGACUACCCAAUACCCCAAACCAGGAAGUUAUGGAUCUGGCUAUGGCUCUGGAUAUGAUGGUCUGUCUCAAAAUCAAGACUAUAGUAAGACUGGCUAUGUGUCGGGAAGUCAAUCCCAAACCAAAGCUGGUGUGGGGGCUAAUGCUGGUACUACCGGUUCAUCCGCUUCUGAUCUCAGUGCUGUGUAUGGAAAAUCCCACGUUGCUCUGGGAAAGGUUAAUUCCUAUGAAAAACAAGGAUUCCACUCUGGCACACCUCCGCCAUUUAAUUUAGCAGGAAGCCAAAAUACUCCAAUGGCACCCAGUGGGGCUUAUGCUCCUCAUUUGUUUAUUCCCACUAUGGCUCCACAUCAGCAGCAUCACUCAACUACAUUGAUGCAUCAGCCGCUUCAUCAGGAAACUGGCAGUAGCUCAAAUCAGCGUUCACAGUCAUCAACUCAGCCCAAUAAAUCGGGUGCUAAGCAGGGUUAUAGCCCAUCUUACUGGGCUCCUAACUGAACCCUUCCCCCACAGGGCUUUUUCACGAGGCUUGGUGGAUGGGAGGAAAUUUCACAGGUGCUUUGUGAAUUAUUUACCAUUUGUCAUAGUACAUGGUGGUUCAUACUUUGUUCAAAUCAUGUGUUGUUGAUGAAUAUAAAUUUGUUUAUAUUAUUUUUUAUUUUAAAACUAUUUAAAUCUACAAUAUUUAAUUUGCACAAAUUAUGCCCACCGGAUUGUGCUAUAUGAAAUCUGAAAAUUACGCUCACAAUAAACAUAAACAUUUCUUGAUGGAUUUAUCUUUUGUAGAAGACACAUUAUUUCAUUGUAGCUUUUUUUGUGUUAUUUCAUUUUGGUUACGUGAAAGUCUCUUUUUUAUUUUUUCUGUAACCAGUUGUUCUGCACAUGAAUUGUGUGUUGUGGUAUUUUGUGUUAGCUUGAAGUCAAGUGUAUAGGGAAAUGCAAUGCAUUUGUAAAAUGAAGGUUAGCCAUAAUUAAUCCCUCUCUUGUAUAGAAUGUUUUGAUCAAAGAAUUAAAUGAGAUGAAAAAGAGCUAAUUUACGUAUUUGUAUUUCUUCAUGAUUCGUCUUGUACUUCCACCUCACCAUCAAGCCAAGUAGCUAAUUAGAAACAUCCUCAAAAUGUAUUGUGGGCAAUCUUUUUUUAAAAAAAAAAGACUAUCUUUACUAGUUUAGUUUUCUUUUUUUCUCUCCUCUGUGAACUUCAAAUUCUUCUGGGACAUAGAAGAGAGUUUUGUAUUUGCCUCAAUGGCUUCACACACCCUCAUUGUAUGUUAGAACUUUAUUGAAAUAGUAGCAUACUACUUAGUGUAUUAUGAGAGGUAUCUCAUCAUGUGUAUUAUAUGUGUAGCCUAGUAUUAUUUUGUAAGUGCGAUCAUCAGCGAGUUAACCUGCCACACACUUAAUACAAUCUUGUAUUACUUUCCUUCUGUAUUUUCUAUUGGAUUUUGUAGUUGGCAUCAUUUGCUAUUACUGAUUGGAAUGAUAAAUAAAAAUACAUUCAUGAACUUCUAGUGACAAUUGAGAGUGACAUGAAACAAUCCUAUUACAUACUUUCCAUUGGCCAGUGUGUAUAGUGUUUAAUUACCAAAUGUUCAUACAAGGCCAGUAUAGGAUGCUAUUAGUGUAAGAGAUUCUGUACAAAAUCGAUAUAUUGAAUGGAAAUUAGGUCUGUUGUUCAGUGUUGAAGUUUUUAGUGAAUAUAAUAUCCCUUUGGUGAACAUUUUUAUACUUUUCAUGAAGAUUCAGUUACAUGUAUUUAAUUUGUUUGUGUAGAGGCAAAUGUUGGCUGAUGUAGUGUACAGUUAUUGUAGAUACGUUUGACAUUUGAAUUUAAAAAGGCUGAAAUUAUGAUAGAAUAUUCAUAACAGGAUAGUUUGCUGUUGUGUGUAUUAUUAACAAGAAUACUAAUUGCUGUUGCAAUUACUUAUUGUUAUACUUUUCAUGUCUGGAUGUCAAUGUACUUCAUAUGGUAAUUUGAGGCCUUGAUUAUAUUUUUCCUUUAGUUUUUAUACGGAGUAAUACAUUAGAACAUAGAGGUGACUUAAUAAGAUUUCAUGAACUUUUUGAUUCCAAGAAAUCUAGUGUGGAUUGUAUAUGGAAAAUAUUUUACGACUUCCAAAAAAUCUUUUUUGAAAUUCAUGGAAUUACUCUUACUGACCUCUGACCUCACCUUUCCUAAAUACUGCCAAUUGCCAAAUUGAUAGUAUUGCCUCCUGCCCUACAUUUUUAAGAUUUGAUAGUGUCUGCACUGUUGUAAGAGGCAUCAGUGUGUACUGUGAAGUCUAUUGUUGAAGAUAGUGGAGUGAAAUAAAGUGCAAAUCCCAUUGUUAGUUGACAGAUGCUAUGUAAAAUUAUUUUAUUGUACAUGGAGAUUCAUAUAUGCAUGGGAGCCGUACAUGCUGUGAAAAUGUGGGUAUAUUGUCUGGGUUUUAUGAGCGUGAUUAUUGUUUAAAAUUCUCAUAAUGCAAAAUGUUGCAUUAUUUUUUCCACAGUUUGCAAAUGUAUUUAAUGCAUGUGGUGUGUGGUGCAGCAAAAAUAUAAUUAGCUCUCAACUUAAGUUAAUCUUUUGUUUUCAUGUUACUUGAUGAUUGCACAGUAUUUUGUUUGUGUCAGGGUAUUAUUAGCAGUUCAUCUAUUUUGUUUAAUUUUUCAUAAAGGAUGCUGCUGCAUUUUGUAAAUAUUAAAAGAAUACUGUAACAAAUGAGUUAUUCUAGAGUAGGGUAGCAAUGUUAUCUGUUCUAAGCAUGAUUUUUUUAAUGUUUCUUAUCUUGUCGUUGAGGAGCUUCGUACACAUUCAAGAUAAUGGGAUUUAGGGAAGGGUGGAAGUUUGCAAGUUUGCUAUGCGUGUUUGUACAAUUUUUACCUGACAGCAGCCACAAGCGUGUAUCUGGGGCUUUCUUUCUUUACAUACAGAAACCAUUUUCAUCAGGCUCUCCUUUGUCUCAAGCCCAAUGGUUCCGAAUUGGUCAAUAUUCAGUUUUACGAGUUGCACUGUCUUUAUUAUGGCUUUAUGGGAUAUCGUUAUGUGGGCCAUUCAGAUCGAUUCUUGUUACUCAGCAUUAUGAUGUUGUAAUAAUUACAGCCAUUGGUGCCCUUUUUUCAGGCACGCAGAGUCCUGCAGUGCUUCGUGGUGUGGUCCUUUUUGUUCUUGCAGUCAUUUCAUUAUUAUUUUUGGACCACGAUGAAAGUCAAUUGCACCCGGGAAAUAGCCACCUUUCUCUUGGGGUUGAAUCCUGGUUUGGUCUGGCUGAUCACAAGUUGGGAGUCUUAUUUCUCUGUGGCCUUCUCCCCAUUCAAGUUGGUGCAAAUAUGCUUGGAAAAAGAGUGGGUGCUGAUGUGGGGAGUCAAAGGCGUCUACAAAGUGUUGUUACGAUUUUUGAAGCAAUUUUAUGUUUACCGUGGACUUUGUUUAUGUUCUUUACCAAGGAAAUGGGAGAAUUUUAUACAGUUUCAAAUAUUUCACCUGUGUUGGUUGCUUCAAUACUGGGAUUGGUAUUUGUGUAUUAUGUUGAGUCAGCUUGUUCUCAAAGAUUUGAAAUGUUAAGAAUUGCAAGAAUUGGAUCUGCAUCAAUGUCAGUUUCUGCCUUAUGUAUUGCAUCCUUUUGGGAGCCAUUACCAUGGAUUCGGAGAACAGAAAAUGUUGUUGUCAUUGGUGAACAACAUGGUUUGUCUGGAGGAGGCAUUUUUGCGUGUGUGCUUUUUGUGCUUGCGACCUUGAGUCUUACUACAGCUGCUAAGCAAGGAACAAAAGGCUCAUUUGUUGGUUACUCUUCUUCUGGUUUACCAUUGUACAACUUUACUAACAGCAGUCUACACAAUACAUCUAAAUCAAUCAUAUUGUCAAUCAGUUCUAUUAUGAAACAAGUUGUGAGCAACAGAAAUAGUCGACGAAUUUUCUAUUUUUUGUGCUUGAACAUAAGCUUCACGGUUGUAGAAUUUGUUUAUGGAAUUUGGACUAAUAGCCUUGGUUUGAUCUCUGAUGGAUUUCAUAUGCUAUUUGAUUGCUCAGCACUAGUUAUGGGACUUGUGGCAUCAGUUAUGGCAAGUUGGAAGCCUACUAAAACAUUUUCGUAUGGGUAUGGAAGAAUUGAAGAUUUAUCAGGAUUCAUAAACAGUUUAUUCCUUUUGGUCAUAUCUUUUUUUGUUUUUUCUGAAGCUGCCAGUCGAAUUUUAGAUCCACCUAGAAUUAGUACUCAGCGCUUACUCAUUGUAUCUAUAGCAGGGCUUAUUGUGAAUUUAAUUGGUAUUUUUGCAUUCAGACAUGGAUCUUCUCAUAGCCAUGCUCACCAUGGACAUACUGCUCAUGGUCAUGGGCAUGGGCAUAUGCAUGCCCAUUCUAUUGGGUUUCAUGGUCACACACACAAUGCUAACAUGGAAGGAGUAUUUUUACACAUUAUGGCUGAUACUUUGGGAAGUGUUGGAGUGAUUGUUUCUUCAAUUCUAAUAGAACAGUUUGGAUGGUAUGUGGCGGACCCUGUCUGUUCUAUAUUUAUUGCUGUUCUUAUCUUCAUGAGCAUUCUUCCACUGUUGAAACAAUCAGCUUGUGUGCUGGUUCUGAUGACUCCUCCUAAAAUACAACUGCAGCUUGCUACAGCUCUUGAUCAGGUAUCCAACAUUGCAGGUGUUCUGAAAGUGCAUAGGCAACAUUUUUGGCAACAUUCCUCAGAAAAUUGUAUGGGAACAUUACACAUUCAGACAACAGCAGAUGCCAGUGAACAAUCCAUUAUACAGCAGGUUUGCACAAUAUUCAAAGAUAUUGGAAUUCAGCAAUUCUGUGUUCAGGUGGAAAAGGAAGAAUUUUUUACACAUCUCUCAGGUUUAGGAUCUCAAGUAAAAAUUGCUAAUUAUGGAAUAGAACUGCCUGGAAGUGAGUCUCUGUACAUGGUGAAGGCAAUCUGAAAUACCUCCGUUUUAACAGUAUCAUCUUUACUUUUUCUGAAGCUUUUGUUAGAAGAAGCAGUAACUGAUGUUUGAAAAUGUGGAGAUAAUGUGUAUGAUGUUAGUGGCCAUUAGUGACAUUUCAGAUGCAGAAGAAAUUGUGUGUGUACAAAGAUGAAGAAGAAUUAUUGUCCUGAGUGUAUUAAUACUAACAUGUAUUAUUGUUUCUCAAAAAGUGUGUUUUGUGACAUGUUCCUUUUAUUGUAAUAAAUAUAUUUUAUAGUUUCGAAUUCUGUAAUUAUUGUUAAUAUGAUUUGCUCUAAAGCCACAUGUGCCUAGUGUUGCAUAUUUGCAGUAUUGUGCAUUGAUAACUACUUUCCAACAACACAAAUACACAAGGAGCAUGAUUGUCCAUUUCUUCAUUGUUGAACAUUCCAUAAUGAAAAAAACAUUAAAGUAUUAACCAUUUAGAAGAUUGCAAUAAGUAUUGGAUGUUCAAGAACUGAAGAAUCAUUUAUGUUCUGUUGAAAAUGUACAGUCAUGAUGAAUAAAAAAUAAUUUUAUAAUUUUUU